AAAUGAACAUCUUUUUGCCCAUUAGCAGUUGGUAGAUAAUGGUAUUAUAUCAUGAGACGUAAUUUGAUAUGCCAGUUCCGUUAGAUGGGAACACUAUCUGCUUCGCAUGUAUAUACAAGUUUCCGGUGAACCAAAAUAAGAAGAGAAACCUUUGUUUGAGUUAAUGAAUUAAAAACUAUUUGAAAGUGAUCUGUGGAACAGUAUAAUUCAGAGAGAUGAGGACCGAAGUUACACAGUCACAACCUUUCAAAAACUUAAAAGAAUUAUUCGAUAACGUGGGUAACUUGAAACCAUGGCCAGAAAUUGGAGAACUACGAGAUUCAACUGAUUAUGUGUACAGUGGUUUAGAAAUAAGCGCAGGAAGAACGCGGUUAGAAAAAUUGGAUAGAGAAGUACAUCCGAAAACGUUGCUCUGUCAUGAUAUGAAAGGUGGCUACCUAGAAGACAGAUUUAUAUAUGGAUCAGAAUCUUAUGAUUCUUACCUAUUUUAUCACUGGAGUGUUAUUGACACUUUUGUGUAUUUUAGUCAUCAUUUCAUAACUGUGCCCCCUUUUGGAUGGAUUAAUGCAGCACAUAAUCAUGGUGUAAAAGUUCUUGGUACUGUAAUUACGGAAGAGAAAGGUAUCUGGGAUGUUAUACUUGAAUCUCAGGAAGAAGUAAGAAGAUUUGCAGAUGCACUAAUACUUGUUGCAAAAUUUUAUAAGUUUGAUGGCUGGUUAUUAAAUAUUGAAAAUACCAUUAAAAGUGAGCAAGUUAAUAAUUUAAUUUAUUUUGUAAAAUAUCUAACAGAAAAUAUUCAUGAAGCAAUUAGAAAUUCUGAAAUUAUAUGGUACGAUAGCGUAACCAAUGAAGGAAAAUUAAAUUGGCAAAAUGAGCUUAACAGUAAAAACUUGAGUGUAAGCUUCUUUUUAAACUGCGAUGCCAUUUACUUGAAUUAUAACUGGAUGAAAUCAAAAUUGAAAAACAGUUUGGCACUUGCAAAAAAUCACAGCAGAGAUAUUUAUGAUAUUUAUGUAGGACUUGAUAUUUGGGGUAGAGGUUGUCCUGGCGGUGGUGGAUUUAAUUCAUCAUAUGCUUUACAAAAAAUACGACACGAAGGACUUUCUGUUGCACUUUUUGGUCCAGGUUGGACUCACGAAUUUUUCGGAUCUAAGACAUUCCAAGAAGUAGAAGAUCUAUUUUGGGCACAGUUGUUUCCUUAUUUAUAUGUUCAUGUAUCUAUCUACGAAGAAGAGGUAUUCAAAACAUCAUUUUGCCGUGGCAGUGGUAGCAUGUAUUAUCGCUGUGGUCAGGCACUAUAUGAAAGGGAUGGAAAAAGAUUUAAACACAAACCAUUUUACAAUUUAUCCCUGCAAAAUCCACAAAUUUCAGUACCUAUACCGCACAUGAAAUUUACAUCAUCGCCUCAACUUCCAGAACCGAAAAGUGAAAACGAUCGAAAUGAGUGUUCAGAAGAACCGAUACAUUAUGUUUAUGAAACGAGGAAGAAUGUUGUUCGAGUAUUAAAAAAUGUUGUAAAUAUUGAAAAUAAAAUGCCAAUGCUAUAUGUAAAUAGCUUCGAAUUUUGCAGCGAGUUCUCUUUCAGAGGUGGUGGUUGCAUAGAAUUAACUACAAAUGAUCUUACAACUAGGUCAUAUCAGAGACUAUUUCUCGUUCACAUCGAAUUUCAACAAGACAUUGUAGCAAUCAUUGCUUAUAAAAAAAUGGAGUCGUCCAUAGCAAAUGGAAGUCAACCCGAACCAAUACUAGUUCUCGGCAAUAAUACAGGCUUAAAAUCCAUCGUUCAUUAUAAAUCAAGGAAUUUGGUUGCCAACUGGAAAAGAUGUGUUUACCGAACGAACAUGAGGACUGUGAACGAAAUUGGUAUAUCUUUUGCGAGGAGUAACGUCUGCUAUCUGGGAAAGAUCGUCCUCAAACAAAAGCAUCGACACCUGGACGGUACAACGUCGACUAAAUCUAUCUCUGCAAAUAUUGCCAAUGUUAAAUUUGAUAUUAACAGAGAUGGCCAACAGGAGAUUGAUGUUACAAUAUCUAAAAGUAACUUUAUAUGCGACAUGUUUGAAGGAGGAAAAAAUACAAAUACAGCUUCGUCGAUCUCAGAAAAUAGAAAUAAAUUUCGAAGAAUUGAAGGUGAUGAUGCAAAGGCCGAUGUAAAGCAAGAUUCAGAAAAUCUGAAGAAAGACUCAAUGCCAGAAUUUCCAGCGAUUAAGACUUCUAGUACAAUAGUAGAUACAUUACAUAUUUCCAACGCUUUUAAUGCUCUAACAUUGUCAAAUAAUAAAUACGUAAAAACUGCACAAACACUUGAACCAGUUUCACGUGCAUGCCAAGAAGAAUGGACCGAUAAAUGGAAUAACCUUGAAUUUCCAGCUCCCAAAUCGUCAAUUUUAACACCAGUUACUUUUAGUUUAUCUAAAAAACAAUAUUCAUUUGGUGACACAAGUACGAGUCAGUUUCUUGGUUCUCCAACGUCAGAAAGUAAAGAGUCAGCGCGUGAUAACGCAGAGAGUAGAUCUACGCCUUUCUGUUGGAAAGCAACAACGACAACAACAUUAUCAAGUCCAGCAUUCCAAGUACCUACUGCAGCACAAACUUUGCAUAAGUCUGAAACAUCCAAAUCAUCAAUUUUAAAACCAGCUACUUUUAGUUUAUCUAAUAAACAAUGUGAAUUUGGUGGCGCAAUUUCACGUAAAUCUUGCACUUCUCCAGUGCUAGAAAAUAAACCUGCAGCUUGCGAUUCAACACCAACAAACCAAAAAGAAACAACAUAUAAUACAACACUCGGGAUGCCAACUGUACGUGGCACAUUGUCAGUGACAUCAGUAGUAUCUGGUGAUAGUACUGUUAGAACGUCUACCGGCGAGUCAACGCCUCUUAUACGUGUACAUCAAAAAUUUAUAUUUAACGCCAUUCCUACUGAACCGGCUGUAAUGCCUGGGACUCGAUUCAAUUUUCCUACGAAUAUGAUACCCCCUGUAUCGACUCAGAUUCAAAUAUCGAUUGAUUCCACCGAUUAUACAUUUAACGGACCUAAUCCGGAACUAGCAGCAUUUCCGCAAUGUCCAACUACAAGUUCAUUUUCUACAUCGCAACCUGUUACCCAAAGUCAACAAUUGUCUACUUCAUCAUCUAUUCCUCUAGAAUGCGCGUUUAAUUUUGAUUCGUCACCAGGAGAUCAUACAGCUGAACCUGGUUCAAUCCAGUCCGAAGGAUUUAAUUUUAAUCCCAAUACUAGACCAUCGUUCCGUUUUAGUGUUUAUGAAUUUAAUGCACCUACUCAAGUACAACGAGAUAUUGCGUCUACUCGAGUACAACGAAAUACUGCGUCUACUCUAGUACAACAAAAUACUGCCACCAUCAAUUACCGCCCAAUGAUCAGUCCCACUCGAUUACUCAAUCCACGAAAGAUCAGGAAAGCUUUUAGAAGAUUAAAAUAGGAGUCAAGUAACGGCAUUCUUUUUAUACAGUUGCUCAUGAAGGUAUUCAUAUUCUUGCAGAAGACACCUUUUAUGAAUAUACUAUACUAUAUGUCUUGAAAGAAACAUUUUGAAAUGUCAUUAGUAUUGUAACAAAAUCCGAUUGUCAUAGCUAUAUUGGUAAAGUUUUUAGCAAAUCUGAAAAUAUACAUAGAUAUUACAAAACACCUAACACAAGUAUGCAGAUAUUUUGUAGAAAUCAAUAAAGUAUUUAAACAGUCAUUUAACAUUUCAUCAAACAUUUUCCAUAUGUAUGAAAUAAGCCUAAAUAUUUACUGGAACCACUUUUGAGAUUUUUUCUAGGCAUACCAAGGAGGCUAUUAAUGCUGUGUGCUAAUCUUUAUUAAAUAUAUAUGUUUGUAAAUAACUUUUAUGUAUAUUUUCAGAUUGGUUUUUGGCUUUUCUAUCAUAAAAAUAGUAGUUGCAAAAUACUUUUAUGAGCCAUUGUAUCUAUUUCAUAUAAUCGUGAGAGAACAAGUCGAAGACGCUUCGUUUUCGAAGAAAAAAGAAAAAAGAAACGAUUUUGAACAUUUUCUCGAUGCUGCUAUACGCACAUACUCUUUAUGAUAUAUCAAUUCUUGGAUCAAUAACGAACUUUCAUUAUUGAUGAGCUGCUGCUAGUGGAUGAGGAAACUUAAUAAAAUAUCGAAUGUCUGCAAUUUAUUGAGAAUAACGAGUUUAUGUGGGUAACAGAUAUAUCCUUUCAUUAAGCAUAGGUCUUAUAUAACUCGUUUAUAGUUGAGAAGAAAAAUACUAAUCAGUACUAAUUAAAUUCAUGAAUUAAUAACUUUUUUUUUGUAACGAAAGAAAUGUUGCGAUGCAUAAUGUACAAUGUAUUGAAUUUGCUUCAUACAUUUAAUUGAUUCUGAACAAUUAUCUUUGCUUCAUUAUUUUUGAAUAAAUUCAGUAUUUACAACUUAAUAAUUGUAAUAAAAUUAUAUCAUUCAGAUAAUAAGAAAACGCGUAAUAACAAUUAUUACGAUGCAAAAAAAAAAAAUAAUAAUAAUAAUAAGUAUAUCUAUAAUUAGAGAAGAUAUUAACAACAAUUAAUAUACAAAUAAUAAGUUUGUGUUUGAAAGUAACUUAUUGGCAAAUUGAUAAUGUAUCUUUCAACGUAGAAAUCUUGCAAGUUGUAAAACGUUGAAGGACGAGUUAAGUGUUCUGAGACCUUAUUAAAUCUGUUGCAACUGUGCAUAGCUAUUUGCAAAUCAAGAUGUGUAGAUGUUCGAGAUGCCGAAGCACUGUUCGUUAUGAAUAACACGCAGCGUAGUUGCACCUGUUACAUCUCUGUCGAGCACAAUUAUAUUAGUUCCUUUCGUAAUCUACCUGAAUAUACUACCUCCCUUCUCGCUAAUAAUACGGAAAUUGCAGAGAAUGUGAUAACGCAAUACAUUGUGUUUUUUAAUGUCACUUGAUGAUAAAAGUAGGUGUGACAUAUUAUAUAUAUACAUAUAUGUCGGAGAUGAAAGGACAUUGGAGUUUUUCUUUUGAAAUGUUUGGAAAGGUCCCCGAUACUUUAGUCCAGUUUUUUUUUUUUAUUAUUAUUAUAGCUGUAUUUAAAUAAUAAAGCUGAGAAAUAAUUAUUUAUGAUUUAAUCCGAAUAUGGGUGCCCUAGAUUUAUGGGUGCCCUAGAUUUAUGGGUGCCCUAGAUUUAUGGAUGCCCUAGAUUAAUGGGACGCGGUCACGGUCAGGGCAAGGACGUGUACUUAAUAGAGGUAUGAAGUAAAUGAAUAGCUCUCUUUAAAAACAAAGAUUGAUCCGAGGGGUACAGAGAGGUACGGAGAGGAGUAUAUAAGUUUUACAUUACACGAUAUAUGGUGUGUGUGUGUGUGUGUGUGUGUGUGUGUGUGUGUGUGUGUGUGUGUGUGUGUGUGUGUGUGUGUGUGUGUGUGUGUGUGUGUGUGUGUGUGUGUGUGUGUGUGUGUGUGUGUGUGUGUGUGUGUGUGUGUGUGUGUGUA